GAAGUUACGCAGCGCAUUCCGCCCGGCUUGACCGUGCUGAGCAGAGAGAGAGAGAGAGAGAGAGAGCCGAGCCGAGCCGAGCCGAGCUCCGUCCGCCGAGGAAAAGUUAGUCAAGAUGGCAAACCCCACAGACCCGGAGUGAAGGGGCACCGCUCCCCGGACAGAAAGCAAGAAAGACGGACACAGAGAGAGAGAGAGAGAGGUCAGCCUGUCGGCGAUGCAGCGGCUUAAGAGGGAUUCCCUGAAGAAAAAGAGAUGCAAGUGAAGCUGAUGUGACACAGAGAGAGAGAGAGUGCUGGAAGAAGGCUGACUCAUCAAAUAUCAAUUCCUCCGGGAGCCGCUAAGCAGCAGAGAGCCGGCAGCUCAUAUCACCUAAUGCCAAGCUAGAAGUACACACACACACACACACAUAACACACACACACACGAUAAGAAGCAGGAUUGUGUCCCGCGAAGAAUGGCAUCACAGAGUUCGACCUGAACCUCGACGACUGACUCCAGCAUCAACAACCCUCCAUCAGUUCGCUUCUCCGCCGCUGUUGCCGCUGCCACCACAGAGUCAGACCCGCCGCCGCCAUCUACCGCCUUCGCAGACCAUGAUGUUUCGUGAUCAGGUGGGCGUGCUGGCCAGCUGGUUCAAAGGGUGGAACGAGUGCGAGCAGACGGUCGCUCUGCUGUCCCUGCUGAAGAGGGUGAGCCGGACCCAGGCCCGCUUCCUGCAGCUGUGCCUGGAGCACUCCCUCGCCGAGUGCACCGAGCUGCAGGUCCUGGAGGCGGAGGCCAACAACCCAGGGGUGAUCAGCCAAUGGCAGGGUGAGUCUAAGGAGCGCGUCAUCUCGCUCGUCCUCACCCACCUCCCGCUGCUCAAACCGGGCAACGUCGAAGCCAAGGGCGAGUACAUGCGCCUGCUGCCACGCAUCCUGGCCCACACCAUCGAGCACGGCCACCACCUGGAGGAGUCCCGCCAGCUCCUGUCCUACGCCCUCAUCCACCCGGCCACGUCCCUGGACGACCGAGCCACCCUGGCGCUCUGGCUAAACCACCUGGAGGAGAGAGCCACCGCCCGGGGAGACUCGCUGGAGAGGCCUCCUCCUUCCGGGCAGCACCACCACCACCACCAGUCCACGCCUCCAUCCACCCUCACCUCAUCGGUAUCUUCCUCCUCCACCAACACCUCCUCAUCAGGCAACAUCUACUCCCUGCAUCACCACCAGCGCUACGGCUCGGACGAUCGCCUCAAUGGGUGGCAGAGCUCCAGGGACUCGGGGCUGGGCGGAGGCUGGCAUCAGCAGCAGCAGGGCUGUGAGAACGGGCACCUCCUGCUCUACCCGUCAUCCUCUGUGCCGGCAACCAUCAACACGGUUGGAAUUGGCGGAGGCGGUAACACCAUCCUGACGAGUGGAGGUGGCAGCCAGCAGCACAGUCCCCUGAAGCGCUCCGUGUCCCUCACCCCUCCCAUGAGCGGCCCCAGUAACCAGCCGCUGGGUCACGGCUGGUUGUCCCAGGAGGACCUCCGCACCGCCAGAGGCCCAGCCCCAGACCACGCGCCGCUCUCACCCCAGAGCAGCAUCGCCUCCUCGGGCAGCGGAGGCAGCGAGCACCUGGAGGAGGCUGGUUUAGGAGGAGGGUCAGGUCUGCAUCGCAGCUCCUUCCAUGAGGAGGGCAGCGGCAUGAGAGAUGUCCCCGCGUGGCUGAAGAGUCUCCGUCUUCAUAAGUACGCCGCUCUCUUCUCCACGAUGACCUACGACGAGAUGCUGUCGCUGACUGAAGAUCAGCUAGAGGCACAGAAGGUCACUAAAGGAGCCAGGCACAAGAUUGUCAUCAGUAUACUGAAGCUCAAAGAGAGGCAGAAUCUGCUGCGCAGCCUGGAAAAGGAUGUGUUGGAGGGCAGUAAUCUCCGCGCCCCGCUGCAGGAGCUCCACCAGAUGAUCAUGACGCCUAUUAAGGCUUUCAGCGGCGGCGAGGAGGCCUCGAUGCAGCGCCACCUGCUGAGCCCCGAGGGCAAGAACGCCGCGCCCGGCUCCCACCUGAGCAGCGGCGGAGGGGAGGCCGAGUCGGGCACAAGCGUCAUCGCCGAAGGGGAUUUACCCAGCCAGUUCACUCGCGUCAUGGGAAAAGUUUGCACCCAGCUGCUGGUGUCGAGGUCGGACGAGGACAACAUCAGCUCCUACCUACAACUCAUCGACAAGUGUCUUAUCCACGAGUCCUUCACUGAGACGCAGAAGAAGAGGCUGUUGUCAUGGAAACAACAGGUCCAGAGGCUGUUCCGAUCCAUUCCGAGGAAAACCCUCCUUGACAUAGCAGGGUACCGACCGCAGAGGAGCCGCUUCGGCCAGUCCAACUCUCUCCCCACGGCUAGCUGUGUCGGGAGCAGCGUUUCGGCCAGGAGGAGCCUCCGUCAGUUCCAGAUGCCCUCCAGGAGCUUGCCAGGUGCCAGGCCGGGCCUGCUGGGCAGCGGCGGGUUGCUGGGACCGACGCCACGCAGCUCCAGCAGCACACCCACCGGCCCCAAGCAGGGGAGACAGGGUCUGUGGUUCGCGAACCCCGGAGGAAGCAACAGCAUGCCCAGCCGGACCCACAGCUCCGUGCAGAGGACCCGGUCCCUGCCAGUUCACACCACGCCACAAACCAUGGUCAUGUUCCAACAAGCCGAUCUUCAGUUGCCGGUGACAGAGCCAGACAUCAACAACCGCCUUGAGUCUCUGUGUCUGAGUAUGACAGAGCACGCCUUGGGAGAUGGUGCCGACCGCACAUCAACGAUAUGAGACGAGGACCUGAGUGAGAGCAGUAGGACGGCGCAGGUUCACGAGGCUCUCUCACGAUAAGUCACCUCGAGGUCACCAGCCCUCCUGUCCCCUCUCCCUGUAGCCAAUGGUAGAGCUCAACCAAAGGAUCGGGGUCGGAUCCAAGAAACACAAGAAGAGCGCCGCUCAUCACACGGCUGACACAAGCUAUCACAUUGGCACCGUCCAUCGGGUCGUUUAAAAAAAAAAACACACACACACACUUCCCGCUCCGCCAGCAUGCUCGCAGGCUGGGUGGGUGAGGAGAGAGAGAAACGCAUCGAGACACGGCCCGGACAGUGUGUGAACAGCGCCCCCCACACCGAGGAGGCAGUACUGCAGUCCCAGGGAGACGCUGGCCUGUGGAUCAGGGCCCGGUGAGACCUGUGUUUGCUCUCCGACACCCUCUCUGGUCCCCCCCCUGCACAUCGACCGCAGCUCGUGGCAUCUUUUCAAACCCAUCUCAGUACCUCAGACCCAGGAAACACACGACGAGACGAGCAGAGCCGGGACGCCGAAGGAAGUUUGGGGAUCUCCUUGACUGUUUCUCAGCGAGGACUGAGCGUCCGGCGAGGACGCUCGCAGAGCUCGAGAAGGCCUCUUUACUCAGUAUUGGGUGGCAAAAAAAAAAAAGUCAUUUAUUUGUGUUGUAUGUAUUUAUUGUUUACAUAAUGAUGCUACUUUCAAAGGGUACAGAAACAUGUAUGAAUAUCAGGUAUGAAUCGUGUAAUAUUCAGUAAAGCCUCGGCCGUCUACCAGCUUUA